UUCCCGGAAGGGCAACGCUAGCAACGCGGAAGCGUUGGGAAGAAAACAAAUAACCGUUUAAUUUUGAUCGGUAUUGGGAGGUUAAGGAGACACAUAAACGCCGUUUGACUUCUCGGUUUUUUGACUUUGACGAAGAUUCUGCUUUAAGAUGGAGUUCCUGUUUGGGAAGAGGAAGACCCCGGAGGAGAUGCUGAGGCAGAACCAGAGGGCGCUCAACCGGGCCAUGAGAGAGCUGGACCGCGAGCGGAUGAAAUUAGAGCAGCAGGAGAAGAAAAUUAUUGCAGACAUCAAGAAAAUGGCCAAGCAGGGACAAAUGGACGCAGUGAAGAUCAUGGCCAAGGACUUGGUGCGCACGCGGCGUUACGUUAAGAAGUUCAUCAUGAUGAAAGCCAACAUUCAAGCCGUCAGCCUAAAGAUCCAGACCCUUAAGUCUAACAACAGCAUGGCACAGGCGAUGAAAGGCGUCACCAAAGCCAUGGCCACCAUGAACAGACAGCUGAAGCUUCCUCAGAUUCAGAAGAUCAUGAUGGAGUUUGAAAAACAGAGCGAGCUAAUGGAUAUGAAGGAGGAGAUGAUGAACGAUGCUAUUGAUGACGCCAUGGGGGAUGAGGAUGAUGAAGAGGAGAGUGACGCCAUCGUCUCCCAAGUCCUGGACGAGCUUGGUCUCAAUCUGUCUGACGAACUAUCAAAUCUGCCGAGCACCGGGGGAAGCCUUUCUGUGGCCGGAGGAAAGAAAGCCGAGCCUCAGGCCGCUCUGGCCGACGCAGACGCAGACCUGGAGGAGCGUCUGAAUAACCUGCGGAGAGACUGAACGCGCAGGAACUGUCUAAGAGGCGCAGUUUGGCGAGGGUCAUCAUUACAAACGAACUCUAAUCUCUGCGUUUAGAUCCUUUCGGAGGCAUAAGUGGCCGGCUUUCAGCAGGCGGUUCUAUAAGGUGUAUGGCUUUCUGUUUGAGGUGUUUUUCUUUAUUGUAUGUGCAAUGUAUCUUAUCAUUACAAGGGUCAUCAUCCUUCAUACGUCUAAAAAACGCUUUUCUCCAUUUUGACUCUGACGAAUGAUACAGAUCAUCUGUUCAUACUGACUUCUUAAAGCACGAUGUAUUUACAAUUAAAAUCAACACUAAUUACAGAAUAUUCAAGGAAACCCUAUAGAAAUAUUAAAGGUUAAAUUUUAUAUGACUGGCAUGUAAAUGUGUCGGUACAUUUUGUACAGGAGGUGGGUUUGGUGUUUUGUUUUUCUAUCCAUAUUAAAACGUUAUCAGCAUUUUUAUUGUCCUUAAGUGUUGGAGAUUCUAGUUAAAAUAAAAAAAAGAUGGUUUAUUAUUAUUAUUACUGACAUUUGAAAAGGAAAGCUAUGUUCUGGAAGACACUCCUGGUGAUUCUUUAAUUGGCGUUUAUGAGAUCUGCAGCAUCCUCACUAUAAAUAGCAGUCAGUGGUGUUUUUGUUUAUUUCUCUGAGAAAUUUUGUUUUUGGAUUUAUUGAAUAAAUAUUUUUGUUUCCAGUAUACUGGGAAAUGAAUCAGUUCCACUUUUGUUUUAGAGACAUCCAUUAUAAUAAAGUUGGUUUAGAGUUUGGGGCUCUCACCUUCAGAUCAAAGUUUUUCCAUCCAAACAAGUGGACACCAGGUUCCUUUUAUUCACCUGAGGGGCUUUUUAUGACAAUCAUUGAUUGUCCCUUUUUAUUUUUCUUCAGUUUAUCAGGUUAAAAGGUUGAAAUCCAAACAUUUGUUGCAUUUUGCAAUCUGGUGCUUAAAAGCUCAGACACCUCAGCUCCAAACUCUUUAAAGACAUGCCCAGAAUUUUGCUUUAAAUGUAAUUUUUAUAACUUUCUGAAGGGAAAAUUCGAAGGUGGAAGUUUGAUUUAGACCAUCAAUCCAUAUGUACACCCAAAACAAAACAGUUGCUAAUAGUAGUUCAUUAAAUUGAGAUUAAAAUAAUGAUUUAACCAACAUGAAAAAGGAAAUCAGGGGAAAUGCCUCAGAAAAGAAGUUUAACCCUUGGG